GUCGAUUGCGAUCGUCUCGCGAGGACAGGCAGACUGUGCGCAAAACCACAGACGUACACGAUUAAAUAAAUAAUAUUCGCCCUGUGCCUACCGGUUCGCCCUGUAGCCAAUCACUGACCCGAAAUGAAUUCGUCUCGUGAUUUACGCGAGAAUAUUCGUAUGUCUGAAGACUGUGGCUUGUAAAAGCGCCUUUCUAUUUCCAUAUGACGAGAACCACUGCAUAAGACACGUUUAUUAUGACUGCGUGCCGGCGGUGAGCGUCGGCCGACCGCCGCGACGCUCGCGAUGCUGCGACCGGCGGCGCGACCCGGCGCCGGUGACAGCGCCGGCGCCGGACCCCAGACCGCCCCCGAAGGUUUCGACGUGACCGGCGCCGGACGCGGGCAGGACAGCACGCUCGGUCACGUGGUCGAUUACGCACCGGCGCCCGGAUGGACGCUGCACGCCAACAAAGAUGGCCGACUGUUUUACUGCAACCAUGUCACUAGAACCUCAGGGUGGCUACCUCCAGCUGAGGCAUGGAAAUGUGGGGAGAAUGCCCUACCUUAUGGGUGGGAAAGAGCUUUGGACGAUUCAGGAAAAACGUACUACAUCAAUCAUCUGAACAAAACUACGACGUACGAAACGCCGAUGGUAAAAAAUGUGGAACCUUUGCCUAAACCCGAACCACGAUCGGUGACGUUGGAGAGAUCACCAGCCUUAGGUUUCGGAUUCGUGGCAGGCUCGGAGAAACCUGUGAUAGUAAGGUUCGUCACUGAAGGAGGGCCCAGCGUUGAUAAGCUUUUGCCCGGCGACCAGAUCCUGCGCGUCCAAGGCGAAGACGUCGCCGCCGCCCCUCGCGAGCACGUGAUCGCCCUAGUCCGCGCCUGCGCCGACACGGUCGACCUCGUGGUGUGCCAGCCGGCGGAGCGUCGCGGCGCCGUCCGAAAAUCGACGCUGCUGUCGGCCGGCAAAAGGGCGAGGCUGCGGUGCAAACCGUCGCGGGUGCGAUUCGCCGAGUCGGUUUGCGUCAACGGAGCACCCCUCUUUCCGCCCUCGGCGUUCUCGUUGGGCGAGAUGUGUGUCCCUCCCAUGGCCAACGUCCUCAAGGUCUUCCUAGAGAACGGCCAGACCAAGUCGUUCAAGUACGACGCCUGGACGACGGUGCGCGACGUCGUCGAAUCGCUCGAGCAAAAGUUGUGCUUGACCGCCACCGAGCACUUCAGCCUGGUGGUCGAGCACAUCAAGUCGCUGAAGAGGAACAAGCUGACGCUGCUCGAUCCGCAGGACGUGCUCGCCAGGAUAGCCUCCCGCCCGGGCGCCCACAAGCUGCGCUGCCUCUACCGCGUCGCCUUCGUGCCACCGUCGGCCGCCGCCCUCGCCCAACGGGACCUGCCCGCCCUCGACUACCUGUACACGCAGUGCUGCAACGACGUGGUGCAGGAGCGGUUCGCGCCCGAGCUGCAGCACGACACUGCCUUACGAUUGGCCGCCCUGCACAUCUACCAGCACGCGCUGGCCAAUAACAUGUCGGCCGGCAAGCUGACGGUGAAGGCCAUCGAACGCGAAUUCGGCCUGGAACGUUUCGUCCCCGCCUCCCUUCUCGACCACGUCAAGCGCAAAGAGGUGCGCAAGCUGGUCGGCCACUUCCUCAAGCUGCACGCCAACAUGGCUGGCGCGGGCAAGCAGCUGACGGCGCUGCAGGCGAAGCUGCACUACCUCGACAUCGUCGCGCAGCUGCCCAGCUACGGCGCCAAGUGCUUCUCGGCCGGUCCCAGAGGGGACGCCACUGAGAGGGUGGUGUUGGUCAGUCCGCGGUUCGGGAUCAGUCAGAUAACAGGAUCGAGGAACUCCGUGUUCCAGCCCAUCCCGAUCGCCACCAUCGAAUCGAUGCGCCGCAUCGAAGUGAGGACCGACGACGAGAUCAGCAGGACCGUGCUGAUCCGCCUACAGACCGACAAAACCGUGUCGAUACCGCUAGAAGAGCGCGACGCCUCAGAACUGGUGUUGGUCCUCAAGGGCUACUACCGGCUGCAAACCGGCCAGACGCUGCCGGUCGACCAGGAGGAGGCGCCUCCCAUGGAGGACCUGGCACCUCCCUAUCUCUCGCAGCACAAGGUGGUGCCAGAAAAAUGGAGUUACAUCGACCAUACCACCUUGAAGCUGGCCUGUUUCGCGAUGCCGCCCAUAUACAGGGGCAUCAACAACAAGAAGACCAACGGGCUGUACAACACGAUGGGCAGACAGACCAAACAGCCGCUGAUGAUAGGCUACAGCCUGGACAGCAACAUGAACAGCUCGAUGGCCGACAGGAACAGGCACUUCCUCAGCCUGGAUCAGAAAUCCGUGGAUUCCGAGCAGACGGGGACUUUGGAGAAUGGGAUCAUCGAAGCUACCAAUGAAGAGAUGAGGAGGAGGGUGCAAGAGAUGCACCAACUGGUGGAGUAUUCGGAAAGAUACCUCACCGAACAAGAAAACCUGGAAAGACUGAAUUCCUUGGCAGAGUGGCAAGAGACCAGUGUGGAUAUCGAAAGCGAUUCAGACGAACCUGGAAAGCUAAAGCACAGCGAUUCUCUGCUACUCCUAAAUAAAGCAGGUAAUGGUUUAGAAAGGCGGCCUUCCUUCACUAGUGCAGCUAUAGAAUUGUUAAGGCAAGAUACCACUUGUUCAGAAAGCGAUAAUGACUCCAUCUAUACGCCCAACAACUCACCGAAGCACAAGCUGUUGGCAAGCAAUUUAGACAACAAAUUGAAUAGGGUGAGCUUUGGCCUGCGCAGCCCAGACCCCACCAACCGUUCGGACGCCACCUACGACUUCCAAGCCUACCUACAACACCUCAGGGACGUGAAAAAGAACGGCGAAAACGCGGAAAACCCCUCCGCAAACGAUCUCUACACCUCCGCCACCACCUUCGAUGACAACACUUUCGAUGACGCCCUGUAUACUUUCGAUGCCGACCUCAUCGACCUGACGCUGCUGCCACCCCCAGCCACUCCUGACGAGCUGGACGCCACCCCUUUGCCUGUCUCGAUUAACGUGCCACCCCGAUCGUUCGCCGAUUCCAUCGACAAACUAAACAAGCUGGGUAUACUAGACGAAAACCAAGACCUCGAAGACUUCCUGGCUAGCGUAACGGUCCAUCCUCCCACCCAGCAAAUAACCCCUGCUGUCGAACUCACCCCAGAAGAGAUAAUGGCAUACAUUAUUCCACCGCCGCCUACGCAGGGCAGUCACGAGAAUUUGACGAUGAGAGAGCAAGAAGAGAACAAGGAAAGUCCUUGGAGGGGAACUGGACGGAGUGGAGAAGACGAAGAAAAGUUCAACGUCAUAGAGUAUGCUACUUUCGACAGGAAAGGUGCGUUUUCCUGCUGCGCUAAAAUCAAAAACGAGAAAACCACGAAGACGGACGAAGACAUUCAGCCAUUGCCGAGGCGAAGUUCGGAUGAAAAACCACCGGAUAGACCUCCAAAAUCUAUAGCACAGCAACCCGAAAGACAGCGUUCCCACUCCCUAACCACCUGCCUUCCGCCCACAAGCGAUUUCCCCCCGCCCACACUCCCGCCCAGGGGCGUGGCCAGCCACCAGGCGCCUGCCCACCUGUACCUGCCGCCUAAGAAGCCGCCGCUGCCGCCCCUGCCCUCUUUGGAGGUGCUGCGCCAGAAGAAGACCAAGGUGUCCGAGCUGAUGGAGGGAAGAACAGCGAGUAUAGGGUCGCCGUUGUUCCAGCGGAGCCGCAAGGUGUCUAACGAUCUGGAGGAGGGGGAGGGGGUGAAUGGAGAAAGUGAGAACAAGGGAGGCAGACAUGCGACGGCGGUUAGCACUCCUACGUCGCCGCAUAUGGGUCGAGGAGCCCACCUGCGACUCGUCCCGGUUCCUAUGGACUUCCCCGACCGACCCCUCAACGGCUGCACCGCCAACCGCGACGGUUUGCUGCAGAAGACCGACUGCGCCAUGGCCAACUUGCUUGCCAGACUGGACCAGGUGGCGGGACAAUGCGCGGCGGCACAGGUGCAUGGCGGUGGCAGAUUCAUCAGCGAGGAGAAGUUUCAGUCCGCCAAAGAGGAGCUGACCACGCAAAGUCUCCAACUAGUCACCUCUAGCAAGAUGCUGGUGAUCGCCAUGUCCGAUCCGAGCCUGCCCGACCUGCCCGAGAACCUCGCCAUCUGCCUGACCAUCCUGCGCAGGCUCACCGAGCUCUGCCAGGACCUGGCCAAUCACACCACGGCGCCGCUGCAAACGCGGAACCUGGUGGCGAAGGUGCGUGACGUCACAGCUGCGUUCAGGCACCUGCUGACGUCAGAGAUGGACCGUACCUCACGCCGGGCCAUCGAAGAGCAUUUGGCUGCGCAGGCGGAGGGCUUGGCCAACGUUUUGGCCACUUUGUUGCGCAGCCUCAGGGUGUUUUCGCCCUGAACGGUCGAGGACUUAGAGAGAUCGCGAUAGGGGAACUGUAGGGGGUUUUGAAUAUUUUCUCUUCCUCCCCUAACAACACAAGUACGCCCCUUGUACGUCCCAGGAAUAUCAUUCAUUUUCUACGAGGAUGUCUCUGAGAUAUUCUGUGUCGGGACAUAGUACAUCCUACGUCCUAGGGACAUCCGAUUUCCACAGAAAGAGGCCCCCUAGGGAUCUCCUUCUGGUACAUCCCUGGGGUGUUCCAGUCCUUACUCUAUUGGCCAAUAUGCUGCAAGCGAAUUUAACGUUAACAUCGUUGCCAAAUGCCACAUCACCAAGUAUUUAGAUGUUGCCGAAAUUUAACAGGCCAAAACCAGAAAAAAACGUAAAAACGUAAAUUAUUACAACUUUGUUAGGAUUUGAGUAUAAUUUUUCAUCAUUCUUGGGUGGUUAAAUGGGGGUCAUUAUGCAUUUACGAUUUGUGUUUACGAAAUGGUUCUGAGACCAUUCUUUAUUUACAUUACAAUUAUUCUCCGGAAGAAAAACAAACAUUCUCGAAAAAAAUAUUUCUAUGAAGUUCAAUUACUCUGUUGGUGUGAUUAGAUAUCAGAUAUUUCAGGGACACAAAUAGAACAAAAAGACGGGAUACCCACUGGACAACUCAUGUCCUUGUACCGCAGGAUAAAAAAGAGACGUACCUAGGACAUCCCUGUGUUGUUAGAGCCCAAUGGUAUUUGCUACAAAGGGCAUUCGAGGACACGGUCACCAUUGAAAAAAUAGUGUUUGUGUUUCGUUAUCAUCAGAUAACGUAGAUUCUGCUGUUACUUUCUUUAAUAUGUGGAGCGUAUUUGUGAUGCUGUCACAUAUUUGUGACGCUGGUCUACCAACAGUUAUUCUGCAUGAUAUAUCUUCAAACACUUAUACCUCUUUUUUUAGAUAUGUCUCAAUAUUCAUUGAGAACUCGAGAGUGUCAGGAAGUGUAAAUAUGUAGGACUCAUUGCUUCUGAAGGAGAUUGCAAUCGGCGUUGUCCUAGACGCCAUUUUCAUAAUAUACCUUAUAACCUCGACAUUGACUCGGAAUUAGUAGGUACCCAUUACCCUUUGUUUUAGAAAUGUAUGAGGGAAGAUCAGUAUUAAAAUCGUCGAUAGUCUGCUUAGGAACUAGAUGAACAUUUAACAAGUAUAAAUCAAUUUGUUGAUAAAUGAAGUACUUAUAGGAAUAGUUAUUCUGUUUCUAAUAAUCCAGUUGAACAGAUAAAUAGUGAUUAUCCCUCAUGCUCACCUAGAAAGUUUAAUUUUUUGUCGUGAUGGUGGUGGGAACAUUAUCUAUUCAAAUACACUUAUCAAUAACCUGAGUGCCUCACUCUAGAUCUGACUCUUUUUGGUGAACCAGUAGUUUCUGAAGAAAUUAAUCGAUUCAUUUUCUGAUUUUCAGUAUCAGGUGUAUUAUUUUAUCGACUUCAAACUUCAAGCAAGGCUACAAUUAGGAGAGAAUGUCGCCAUAACGAAACUCACACAAGGUGUAGAGGUUAUGAAGUUUAGCAAUCGGAUGAAAAGUAUUUUUUUUAUCAGAAACAUUAGUAGCAAUUCGGCUCCCUUGGCCUCAGUGACCUCAGACUUGAGACUGACAGCUAAAAUCUAGUUGCGAUAGCAGUGACUCUUUGAUUUCAGUCACUUUUGACAACUGCAAAAAUAUAUUCCACUUCGUCAGAUCAAAACACAACACAACACACCCCAACAAGAGCGAGAAUGAGUCAAAGAAAUUGUUCCAAUGUAAAACCAUCACAUUCAAUGCAAAGUUUUAGUCAGAAAAUAGAUUUUUUCUACAAACGUCAAAAAAUGACAAGGUUCGCGCAUUGAUAACAAAUUGCGAAGUGACACUUUUUUUCAGUUUUCUACGUUACCAUGAUACCUUGCACAAAACAAUGCGCGAAGUACCUACUUCGCGCACUGUUAUGUAAAAUAUAUGAGAUAUUUAUAUUUCAACUUUAUGGUCCUCAAUCGAGAAAACAUCGACGAAAUCAUUUAUUUCUGAAUGUUCAACAAUAACUUUGUUUUAUCUCUUGGAGCGCACGGAAGGAAAUUCCUAUUAUGUUCGUGGAACAUCGUGCGUAUCUAGGGAGGGUAAGGGAGGCCUUUUAAGCCAGUAUAUCAAGCUAAGCAUAUUUUUACUUUAGAACUAUAUUUUUUGACGUUUGCAGAAAAAAUUUUGUUUGCAACUCGAGCGCGAAAUACUUUAGUCAUCUCGACUAUUUUUUUAACUCGGCUACGCCUCGUUAAAAAAAUCAGAUCUCGAUCACCAAAGUAGCAUUUCGCGCUCUAGAUACAAAAAUAACUAUUCUUCAACCAAUGUUGCUGGGAUCUGGUGAUAAUAUUUAUUCCUUCGGAUAAUACAGGUUGUCCAAAAAGAAUCAGAUUUGGAAGAGGUUCACUUAGUGUGUUGAGAACUCUUCAUAAGUAGUUCUUGAUAAAUAAUAAUACCAAUGAGAUUCUUUUAUAUUACAUUUUUUCCUCUUGAUAUCGAGUGAAAUACUUCUUGGGCGAGUAUAAGUUGUCCAAGUAAUCAAUCUACUCCUAGAAGAGAUUCUUUUUUUUUUAUUUUUUUUAUGCAUAACAACUGGUCAUUGUUUUAUUAGGUAUUAGUACUGUUGAUGUGAACGAAACAAUUAACGAUUGGAUUACGGAAUUUGGAAUUCAUAACUCGCAUUAUGAAUUGGAAAAUCUUUACCACGAGUGGUGGUAUUAUCAAUGAAAAUCCGGAAAAAUCUGAAAAUACUAUGUGUGCUUACAGGACAUUUUUUAUACUCGCCCUUAAUUAAUAAUAAUUGUUGAUACUCAUAUCCUGAUAGAU